UUCCACUUCUCAUAAAGAGAGCUGCGAAAACCUCAAGCCAAAAACCCUAGCCUCCUGCUUUACCUUCAUCCGAGGCAGAGACUCCAUCAUUGAUUGAAAAACCCUAAAACCAAAAAUGACAGUAGAAACAGUGAAUCCAAAAGCAUACCCGCUUGCAGAUGCGCAGUUGACCAUAACAAUACUUGACCUUGUUCAGCAAGCUGCUAAUUACAAGCAACUCAAGAAAGGAGCCAAUGAAGCUACCAAGACACUUAACAGAGGUAUCUCUGAGUUUGUUGUGAUGGCUGCUGAUACUGAACCACUUGAGAUUCUUCUCCAUCUUCCUUUGCUUGCUGAAGACAAGGUUAUUUAUUUGCUUACUAAUACUUUUUGUUGAAGGGUUUUGGUUGUUUCGUUCUUAUGUUUGAGUUUUUGUUGUUUUGGAUGCAAUUUCUGUUGUCUUGUAAAUUGGUUUGUUGUGUUUGGAAUAGUAUUAGAAGAAUGUGACUUUAGGGUUUUAUGCCAUUAAGCUUA